ACAAAUUCAAAUAUUUCCUCGACUGGGGCUCGAACCGGGUUUCACCUGGCGGUGGGGCGAGCGCCUUCCUCACUGGACCACAACCGCCUCUUUGGAACCUACACAAAAGGGCUUAGUGUUCUGGAAGUCGGAACAGUGGCUGAGGCCCAAAGGAAAAUGAGUGACGCAUUAAACGCCUCAUUAAAACGUUUUAGCUCUGUCUAUGCUUCCACCUCUUCCAACGCUCGACAACCUCAAGACCUUUCAUCCGAUGAAACUGUAGCAGACGACGAGGACUGGUGGACCCCACGUCCCAGCUCUAACAAACGCCGGUUAGACUCCAAGUCUCCCGAUGGUAACAGAAAAGUUCAAAGGAGUUCUAAAAGCCCAAAACCAACUGAAUCUGUUAAUCGGUUCUCGGAACUGUCAGACAUGGACGCUGAAGAUGACCUCCCCCUCGCUUCUCUUGUUGUCAGCCACAACAGCUCCGAUGGAGCCAAUAUUACCAACACAAGUAACAUCAAUGACAACCACGAGAACAGUACCAACAUCAUUGAAAACAGCAACAUCAUAAGCAACAACAUCAGUAGCAGCAACAAUGGCAACAACAACACCACCAGCACUAGUAACAGCGGCAAUCGUAAUCCGAACCAGCUCACAGGCAACAAGGAAACCUCACGGAAUCAGAAACCACCCCCAAUUGUUAUCAAAAAUUGUGAAAGCCUAAACGGACUUAUCAGAUCCACUGAUAAGAUCGUCCACCCAACAAAAUACUCAAUAAAAUGCCACACAGAUAACUCAGUUUCGAUCCUCGCUGCAGACUCCGAUGCGUACAGAGCCAUCACUAAAUCGCUCACCAUAAAAAAGGUGCCAUUUCAUACCUGGCAGCUUAAAGAGGAAAGAUCCUUCCGGAUAGUCAUUCGAGGUGUACAUCACUCCAUCCCGGAUGAGGACAUUAAGGAAAGUCUGACUUCGCUUGGACACAAUGUGCGCUUUGUUAACAGGCCGAGAAGCCGUUUUGACAAAUCAAAGCUUGUCAACCUUGUUUUUGUCGAGUUAGAACCAGCCGCGAACAACAAAGAAGUUCAUGAGCUUAAGGUGCUCUGUCGUCAAAGAGUUCAAGUUGAACUUCCUCACAAAAAGGACGAUAUUGCUAGCCGACAGCAGUGGACAAACGAUCAGCAGCAUCAACAGUUCCCUCCACUAGGAAGUAGAAACCGGAAACUUCAUCAGCAAAGUAACGGACUCAAUCAACAUCAGCAGCAUCCAACGCAAGACUCUUUAAGCCGACUUCAAAAACCAGCUCCCAAACAACAGCAGGACCAACAACAACAGUCAUCGCAACAGCACCGAAAUGUCCAAAAUGAUCGUCAAUGGCAGCGACAAGAGCAAAAGUUUAUGCGAUCCGAUGAAAAGAUGCCUUAUAUCACAAAUGGCGCCAGGAACUGCACAAGCAAUCUCUGGCCUUCUCCCAGCUCAUUCAACACAACCAUGAGUCAAAUUGGGCUCAAAAUCGGUGUAUGGAACGCCGACGGGCUGGCCAACAAGGCGCUGGAGCUAGAGUUCUUCGUGCGGAAGCAUCACAUUGACAUCAUGUUGGUCAGCGAAACACAUUUCUCCUCUCGGUCAUAUUACAAGCUACAGGGUUCGCAACAAUGGAACAUCAAAGUGCUCAAUGGGUCGCAGUUAAAGUCAAAACAGACCACGGUGAAAUUGUCAUUGCGUCUAUUUAUUGCCCACCUAACUUUCUGCGUACCGCCGUUGACUUCAGAGUACUAUUUGAGGAACUAG